AUGGCGCCCACCCCCUUGCCCCUCGAACAAAUGCCCGGCGUUGGCGGCGGAGGAGGAGGCUACUUGCCUGCUGGCCAGGAGGGCGGCCCUCGGAUCAACACGAUGUCCAUGUCGGUGCUGAUCGACUUCAUUAUCCAGCGCACAUAUCAUGAACUCACUGUACUGGCUGAGCUGCUGCCCCGCAAAACGGACAUGGAGCGCAAGGUGGAGAUCUACGACUAUGCGGCCCGCACACGCCAUUUGUUCACCCGCCUGAAUGCGCUGGUCAAGUGGGGCAACUCGGUUUCGAAAGUGGACAAGUCCUCGCAGAUCAUGAGCUUCCUGGACAAGCAGAACAUGCUCUUCGUGGAGACGGCCGACAUGUUGGCGCGCAUGUCUCGCGAAACUUUGGUUCGUGCCCGAUUGCCCAACUUUCACAUACCCGCUGCCGUUGAAGUUCUGACCACGGGCACUUAUAACCGGCUGCCCACCUGCAUUCGCGAGCGGAUUGUGCCCGCCGAUGCAAUUACGCCGGCGGAGAAGAGACAGACACUGCUCCGCCUGAACCAGGUCAUUCAGCACCGUCUGGUGACUGGAAAACUGCUGCCGCAAAUGCGUGAAUUUCGCAUUCGCAACGGGCGAGUCACCUUCGAGGUAAAGCACGAGUUCAGCGUGGCCCUGACCGUAAUGGGGGACAAUCCUAGUGUUCCCUGGCGACUGCUGGACAUCGAUAUACUCGUGGAGGACAAAGAGACGGGUGACGGCAAAUCCCUGGUGCAUCCCCUGCAGGUUAACUACAUCCAUCAGCUCAUCCAGGCCCGUCUGGUGGAGAACCCUAAUGCCCUGAGUGAGGUCUACAACUGUCUGCACUACUUCUGUCAGUCCCUUCAACUGGAGGUUUUGUAUACGCAAACAUUGCGCUUAAACUAUGAAAGACUGGACGACAACAACAUCACGGUGGAGGAGUAUGUGCCAGGUGUAAAACUGACGGUGUCUUACUGGCGCGACCUCAAGUCGGAGCUGGGCUAUCGACUCACCGUUCAGUCGGAUCCCAGCGAGAUCGGGCGUCCACUGGCAGUGGUGCAUGUGCCCUCCCUUGGCGCCAAGGAGUCCGCCGAGGUGGCUGAUCGAGCCGUGCGCUCCGAGCAUCUUUCUAUGGAGCGCCUUAUUGUGCAUACCGUCUACAUUCGAUCGGUGUCCAGGCUGAGCGACCUUAAGCUCGAGUUCCAGGCCUUCUUAAAAGACGUUGACUUUAACCUCCAAGGAACUCCAGCUAUUUUGACCGUGCCUGUACUCUCUCCCUGCUUGAGGGCCGAGCAGAUUCACAUCACCAUUGACACGCACACGGGCAUGUUCCGCUGCCAUGUGCCCAAGCAUCUGGAUUGUCCGAUCACGGAGGAAAUGCAGGACUGCCUCAAUGGGGAUCGUAGCAAGCUGCCCGCUUUGCUUUCCGAGCUGCGCUACUGGAUAACACAUCGCAGGUGCGAUAAGACUCUACAACAUCUUCCGGCUACGGCCACUGAGACUCUUCCCUUCCUCACGCCGCCUGAGCAGGAGCUUUUGCAGCCGGGAAGACACAAGAUUUAUGUGAAGCUCCACAGGCAUCCCAACAUUGUGCUGGUGGUUCAACUGAAAGAAAAGACAACCAUGCCCAACGAAAUGGAGUACACUUUUCACCUGGGCUUCGUUGCCUUUCAAAAGGACGAGCUGGAUGUAAUAGACGACUCCGCCAAACAGCUGGUUUCGGUAGUGGCACAGUCGCACUCGGACAUUCCAAAGUGUUACAGCAAGUUGAUGCGCCUCAUCGAGUUUGACACAUUUGUGGCCACCCAUGGACCCGGCACCGAAGUGGAUGCGGAGGUUUCCCCGCACAAACGAAAAUCGAAUGGGGAUUUGCUAGCGCCUCCUGCCAAGCAGCAGAAGACCAUCUUCCCUGCCUAUUUCAUUCCCGAGUUGGCGCAUGUGGUGGCCAUGUGCGACGAGAAGAUACCUUUUAUGAACCUGGCCCAGACACUGUCCAAGCACAAUAUCCCGCACAGCGGCCUGCAGGUAGAAGCGAACGCCACGUCACUUGUGCUGAAGAUUCUGGCAUUACCACAGCCGGGAAAGUCAACCUUUGCCAACCAGCAACAACAGCAGCAGGGAGCAGCAGCGGGAACUGUGGAGAACAAGCCAAGUGGCGCCUCUGGUCUUCCGAAAAUCGAGCCGCACGUGUGGGACGACCUGAUGCGCCGCGUUCUAUCCAUCUCAGUGCGCUCCCAGACCAACAAGAACAGCCAGGUCCGGAUCUGGGUGGUGGAGUUCGUCUUUUACAGCACUCCACUGCAGAGCAGCCACCAGAAGGAGCAGGGCAGUCGGCGGACUGUGUACCUCACCUACGAACAGGCCAAUCACGACUUCUCCAAAACGGUCGAGGAUUUGCUUAACGACUGGUCGAAAAUCGUGUAUCUCUACACGUUGGUCCAUGAUUUUGCUGAGCAACUCCGAAACAAACGCCUUUCCCUGUGCGACAUGCUGGUGGUAAAGUCGUAUAGCUACAUGAAUCUGCUUCUCGGUUACGGGCCCAAAAAGGAGGUGAGCUGCAAUAUCUACUGGUCGGUGCAAUCCCACGGCUUCCGACUGACCUUCGUUGGCGGAAUGUCGGCCGUGAAUGCGCACUCUAUGAUGCGAGACCAGUUGGCGCAACACUUGAACCAACAGCAUAGCCUCACCCAGAUUGCACAGAUCCUGCACGAGACCUACAACCCGAUGAGCUCCAUUGCUAAGCUGCCAGUGCUGCCCUUCCUGGGAAUACCGCGUCCCCAAGUGCCCGUGCUAUCGUUUUGCAUGCUGGCUCAAUCGCCUUGCCUGAUAAGGUUGACAUACCAGGCAGUAUACUGCCUGGAAUUGCGCUUCCGUGCCAACAGACUGGUCUCCAUUCGAGAUGGAGCAAGCAGUCGCUUCGAGCGCAAUGUGGUUGAGGAGUUUACCCCCAUCCAGGGUCUCAAAGCCUUCCUGUCCAAGUACGUUGACGAAUCGGCGGCAUACAGAGGACGUGCUGCCCACGAGGACGACAAUCCGCUGUCUCCAAUGGGAAUGGAGGACAACUUUGGUGGUCCGAGUAGUGUGACAGGAGUGGGUGCUGGCGGAUCUUCCCCAUUUCUGGGCACUGGGAUGCGGGGACCGCAAUCGCCGAGGGACAGUGGCUUGCGCUUUCCAGCGCCACACACGCCACCUUCCAGCUCUAAUCCCCACACCCCUGCCAGUCCGCAUCCAAGUGCAGGAGCAGGUGGUGGAAGUGGUGCCCAGGGACAUGGCAACUUUAACUUGACAUCCCCGCCAGCGCCGCAUAUGCCCCAUCCGUCACCUAGCGGUUUGAUGCCUUCAUCUCCGCUUAAUCCUCAGCCCAGUCCUCACAUGGUUCACAGCCCAGGACCCAACAUCUACAUGCAGAGCCACCAGGACUCUCCCUUUACGGCCAUGUCGCCGGCGAAUAACAAUUGGCCCGGAUCCCCCAGUAUGCCGCGUCCCUCUCCUCGACCCGGACAGAGUCCGGAGCACAAGAGCACAGGCGGUGGAGCGGGAGGAGCCGUUGGCGCAGAUAGGGGAGGCUCUCGGGGCACUCUCAAUCGCCCCUGGGCUGGAGCUGUGCCCACUCUCCUCACCCACGAGGCUCUGGAGACACUGUGUCGGCCCAGUCCGCAUCCCAACAAGGACAUCAAUGUAUCGGACAUGAGUCCCCUGGAGCGUUUUCUGGGCUGCGUAUACAUGAGGAGGCAAUUGCACAGAAACAUCCAGAGCGAGGAGUCACUGACGGCCCUUAACAGCACCGAACCAGGAGUGGUGCUCUUCAAGGUAGAUGGACUGCAGUGCCAGGUGGUUCUGAAUCAGAUGCACAUGCAGACGCUGCACCUCAAGAUCUCGCAGCUGCCUCCCAUGCCCGACAAGCUUCCACCGACGUUUCAACUCAGCCAGGACGAUCUGCUGGUGAUAGAGCAGUACUUCGACACCAGAGUGGCAGCUCCACCCUACAGACCCAAUUCCCUGCACAGCAUCUGCCGGCUGCUGAACCUGCCCGCCCAGGUACUCAAGGAUUUCGUGCAGAUCAUGCGAUUGGAGCUGAAGCCGGAGCUGGGUGGCGAUCAGCUAAAGUGGACGGUGCAGAUGUGCAUGCGCAUGCCGCCCUCGGCGGUGCCCAUUGUGCCUAGUGGCAAUGCUUGCGUGGUUCUGGGACGCAUGAAGAUUCUGUUCUUCCUGCAAAUCACAAGGAUUCCAUACGGCGCCGGCAUGGGCGUGGGCAAGGACUGGAAGGACAGCCCCUCUCUGGUGCUGCCCAUUGUGUACGACAUUCAGACGAACGUCACCCAGCUGGCGGAGCGGACUGGUCAGGUGACCUCGCCCACCAUGACAGCCGCAAGCACACUUCUCCGUCGCUUUGCCGAGUUCAAUGCCCAGCAGAAUCAAUGUACGCUCUUCCCGGCCAUCACGGAUCUGCUCACGAGCCUCCAGCUGGCCACCGAGAUGCCCCAGCCACCACCCAACCAGUCCAUCGGGCCACCAGUGGGCGUGGGUGUGGGAGUAGGAGUCGGUGUCGGUGUCGGAGUGGGAGUGGGAUCCAGUCCGAAUCCGAUGAUGCCCAUGCAGCAACUGCAGCCGCAGCAGGUGGGACCCCAGGGUCCCGUGGGUCCCGGAGGCUACCCGCAGAUGGGCCCCAAUCCCAGUGGCCCGCAGUGAUGAAGGCGCAAGCGCCGCGCCUCCUCGCAGCAGCCGUGAGCUGAGAGCCUGUGAGCUGGCAACCCGGAACGGCGAUCGAUUAUUAAUUAAGGAGUUUAUUGGAUAAGAGACCACAAAACACCCUUCACUCUGGGGUGAGUCGAUUUUAGAACCGCAAAAACAGUAGCAAAACAUUUUUGAAAAUCUAACAAAUCGAUUCACUCUACAAUACUCCAUUCAGUUAAAGAUAGUAUUUAAUUUAUACUUGGCAACGCGGAAUACAUCUGGAAAUGUCUAAUAGUAGUAUAAGCGAUUUUGGCACCAGGAAAAGACUGUGGCAGUCACCACGUCAAUAUGUUCCUGUGGACCAAGGACAAAAAACAUUUUGCACCCACCUGAUCCAAAAAACACACUUGUUUUAAUGUAAAGAUCAGGUGCUAUAUACAUUUUAUUGUGCUGUACUCCCUGAAAAUAUGGGUAUGAAAACACAGGUUACACAUCCAAGAUUAUAAAUUGUUAACUAAACAGUGCGUCUAGGUAUGUAAUAAAAAAUUAACUUUAAA